AAGCCUCUCCGAAGCGACCACCCACAGUUCACUGCGGCCUCGCGAGCCGUGUGAGCCACAACAACGUUGUGCAUUCUUGUAUCCGUGCGCCGUUCAGUCGAUCGCGCCAACUACCCCGGACACAUCAACCCUUUUCACCAUGUAAACAAAACGCCAGGGAUGCGCGUCUCUCACGGACGUGGGAAAAAUGUCCGCGAUGUAACACGUGGCGAGGGAGAUCCAGGAGAAUGGGGGGGCUCUUAAUUUUGGAGCUCGCGGGAAAAAAUGAGAAAAUAAAAGUGACGGAGACUUUUCCGUUAAGAGUAAUACGUGGUGCUGAGUGCUGAAAUGGAGAUAUUUCGAAUCCGGGACGCGGCUUUCCCCUGGUCUCUGCAAGAUCAAUGAUGGAGUCCCAAUCUACUGUGUUCCCGUGAACAUCAUGAUGUUAUUAUGAGUUACCGGAGUUUCGGAAGAUGCCUCGCUCGAGACCGAGAGACAAACUUCGAUCAUCUCCUCUCGGACACACACCGCAACAAUCGCUGGAUCCUGCAAAUGUUCCCGUCGGACAAACUCACUGAUGGCUCAACUUUGAUUUACAUAACAACUUCGACCUGCUAAACGUCGUGACGAUUGUCUUCUAUGUGCGUCCUGGGUCUCUUCCGAGUGGAUCUCGUUGAUCGGAUUGUUAAAUUUUAUAAUUCGCGACGAUUCUCCAUUGGCAAUCGUGGCCGGCUUUCAAAUGAAACAAAUUUGAAGUCAUCCAAGCUGAAAAAGACCGCCGUUCCGUUCAGUUGAAACGUUUCUCUCUGUUUAAUCGAAACGAACAAUUCGUCAAUCAUUUCUUUCAUCGCCACGGCUUUCAUCGUAUCGAUGCUCCGUGUGUGCACUCGCCGCUCGUAAUCGGUGAUCAAUUGUCGCGACCAGCUCCAAUAUUGCGUGACCUUCGGAUAUACGGUCGCUGUUAAACACUUUGAUGAAGUAACACGUCGUCCUUACGCCUUCGAAACUACCGGAUUGUAAUUACAUCCUUUCCGCUCGCGACGCUAAGACGGAUAACGGAUGAGGGCGACGAGAAUUCUGUUUAUACUGACGACGAAUUAAAGUACACGGUUAAGCGGACACUCGAGAAGAUAAACCUUACAGAACCUAUCACCGCUAGAUCCUGUCGACCACGUGUUUCGUGUGAUCUUCGUGGUGGGUGUCGAGUGUUAUGACGAGGUGUAACGAUGUGCGAGGUCUCGAGAUAACGAUGCUUUAAGUGUUUGCGCGAUCAUUGGAGAAGAGGUAGCUAUCUCCUGAUAACACACUUGGCGAUCUUGCAUGAUUAUUCAUGUAGAUCACGUGUUAUCGUCUCAAAUUUUAUUACCUUAGUCGGAAAGGCGCCCUUUGCGAAGAUACAUGACAAUUACCGAAAAUUAUAUGCUUAAUAAGAUUUCCGACGAAAUUAAUUGAGAUUAUCAGGUUUAGAUCAAAGGCGUUAACAAACAUGUUGCAACAAUGGCACGUUAGAGCUUAUAAACUAUUGUUACAUGUGUACAAUGUUGUCAUACAGAUAAUCAGUUAAACAAAUUGUGAUGCUACAUAAUACGUGACACUUGGUGGCGAAAGUGUUAAUAGAGUUUCACAAUCUUACUAACAAUCAUAAUUAGAAAAAUACUACAAAAUUAGCACAAUACUGAGCCGAUGAAACAAGCUAACAGCUGUAAAUUCACUGAGCCAGCCGCGUGUUUACACUAACAAUAAGCAAGGCAAAUAACACUUGACAUAACAUAGGCUUAUGAUGAAAUCAACUAUAUAUCGCACAAUGUCUCAUUUUCCCACGAACUUUGCAUUAAAAGACAAAGAACGUUACUUUCUUAACAAACCGCAGAAUGUGAUUAAAUAAUCUCGAACAACUGAAGAAACAAUUAAUAUAAUGAAUAAAGAAAUAACCGAUCUGAAUGUAUAACAGCUCUGAAGAUGUCAUCACCGGAAAUAUCUAUUGAUCAAUGUGGAAAAACAUUGUGACAUUAUUUUCGUGUAUCGGCGGAGUUAUCAUGAAACUGAAACAUUGCAAAUUAACUUUCUUGCGGUGAACAAGAUGCGCCGGAAGUAACUUGAUCGGGGCACGAGCGUAGCUAAGAAACUCGGAGGGAUCGGAGGUUAUCGUUGCACGAAGACAUUUCAAAAUCUGUGAAAAAUGUGCCGCAUGGAAAUCCUGUUUGGACGUCAGCUCGAAAUUCGAAAAAAAUUUUAACUGCAACUAUGUAAAAAAAUUGCAACAGCAAAAUAUAAGAAAAUAAAUCUACAAUCGUGUUUAUGAUCGCAAGUAAAAUCCAUAUAAACGGACAAUCAUCAACUCAAGAAGAUCCAAGUAUACGAAACGCCUAGAAGCUCAAGUACUCAAGUACCAAUUUAUCCAAGUAGGUUAACGGAGCAUAUUUUCCGAGAUGCACUCUCGCCUAAUUCCCUUAUUUUGGACCUUACUGACAAGUGAGUCACGAAACACUCUAAAUAAACCAUCUUAUAUAGAUGCUGCAAAUUAAGAACCUUGCGAUCUACGUUUCACCCAGGUGAAACCAUAACUUGAUCUUCAUAAAUGGAUCGAUUGCACGUUAGUCAUAUCAAGGAAGGAACGGAAGAAGACGAGAAAAAAGUCAUCGAGCGACGGUAGUAGCCAGUCGAGACGUGAGAAACACUCCAGUUCCUCAAGAUAAGUUACAACGAGACGUCAGAUCAGAGAUGAACUCGGACAAUACCACGAAUCUACUGAGCAGUUUCUCUUUUGAUACUGGUCAGCGAAACAACAGCAAAAACGAUCACGAUAUGGAGCAUGUCCUCUUACUAACUUUCAAAGCCUUCAUUAUGAUAUUCAUCAUCCUUAGUGCUCUCUUCGGCAAUCUAUUGGUCAUCGUUUCGGUCAUGAGACACCGGAAGCUCCGAGUAAUCACUAAUUACUUCGUGGUAUCGCUGGCCUUGGCCGACAUGCUGGUGGCGUUAUUCGCCAUGACGUUCAACGCUUCCGUGGAACUUUCUGGCGGACGUUGGUUAUUCGGGUAUUUCAUGUGCGACGUGUGGAACUCGUUGGACGUCUUCUUCAGCACCGUCAGCAUCCUCCACCUUUGCUGCAUCAGCGUCGACAGAUAUUACGCGAUCGUCCAACCGUUGGACUAUCCGUUAAUCAUGACGAACGUGAGAUUGGGAACCAUGUUGAGCGUCGUGUGGUGUUCCCCGACUAUUAUGAGCUUCCUACCGAUCUUCGCGGGAUGGUAUACCACGAAGGAGCACCUGGAGUACAGAAAGAACUCUCCGAAUGUGUGUGAGUUCAAAGUCAACAAGUUCUACGCUAUCAUCAGUUCUGGUGUCAGCUUUUGGGUACCGGGGAUAAUCAUGAUCGCGAUGUAUUACAAGAUUUAUCGCGAGGCCGAUCGUCAGGAGCGCAUGCUGUAUCGGAGCAAAGUUGCGGCCGCUUUGCUAAAUAAGCAUCUACAGAUUAACGGGAUUUCAGCUGGUCUGACAUCUCUGCCGACCGUGGAGCAAUCAUCACCCGAACCGCAGCCGGAAGAGCCGCAGAUAACUAGUAGCAGCAAGAUGAAAAGAGAGCGGAAGGCAGCUAGGACGCUUGGGAUCAUCAUGUCGGCGUUUCUGGCUUGCUGGCUGCCUUUUUUUCUUUGGUAUAUCAUCACGGCUUUAUGCGAUUCGUGCGAGAGCGGCGCCGUGGUGGUAGCGGCGGUGUUCUGGGUGGGCUAUUUCAACAGUGCCCUGAAUCCGCUGAUCUACGCGUACUUCAAUCGCGAAUUCCGCGCGGCCUUUCGGAAAACCCUCGAAAGCUGUUGCCGCGCGAUUGGACCGGUGCGCGAUCUGCGCCAGGUGCAUCGCAAACAGGACCUCGUGCACAGCAACGCCUCAUCCGAGCUGCACGUCAACAAUCAGUUGCGCAAUAGCGAGAUGACCAACGUCCACCUCGAGGCGUGUAUUUAAAUGGAUCAUGCGAUCCGGUGAAAGUAACAGCGGAGUCCUCGAAGCAACUUUUGAAUUAAAAAAAAAAAUGAGUAGGAACCGAAAUGGCAGGUAGGACAGAUAAUUUUAAAAGUAAAAAUCAAGCCGAUCAAAAAAUUCGUUUCUUCCUUUUCCUAUAAAAAAAUGUUUAAUAAUUAAUUCAAUUCUGUAAUAUAUUCUUCCCUGUACAAAAAGGUUGAGAAAAAAAAGGAACUUAAUUUUUGAAAUAUAAGAAAACGCAUAGUUUG